GUUUGGACGCUGACGCACGAAUUUGGUAAAUUGUCAACGGGACGGGCCUGCUGCCAUGGACGCCUCUUCAUUAUGAAUCGCCGAAACUGAACAAGAAUCAUCGUCCACAUUUUAUCCUGAAAGUAGCGUGGAGGCAAGCCAUGGAGGUGAAGGAACGUAGGCCGUAUCGCUCGCUCACGACCCGGCAGGACACAGAGCGUCGAUACACCAGCUCGUCGGCAGACAGUGAAGAUGGCAAACCCAACCCGAAAUCUUACAGCUCCAGCGAAACACUCAAAGCCUUCGACCACGAUUCGAGGAUGGCAUAUGGGAGCCGGGUCAAAGAAGUGGUUCAUCAUGAAGCGGAUGAGUUUGGCCGGCAAGGGGCAGAGUUCUCCCUUCGGGACCUUGGCUUUGGAGAAGCCCUCCCUUCACACGUGGCCACGUACAGGACUGAAAUGGGGAUGCCGCACCGUGAUUACUCCGUCAGUGUGGGCUCGGAUGCAGACACAGAGACUGACGGCAUCAUGUCUCCAGAACAUGCGGUCAGACUAUGGGGUCGCAGCAACACCAAGUCGGGCCGCAGCUCGUGCCUCUCCAGCAGGGCCAACUCCAAUCUAACUCUUACCGACACCGAACAUGAGAACACAGAAAACGACGCCGUCUUUCAGAACCAUUCUCGUCUGCGGACGCCUCCUCUCCCUCUCUCCCACUCUCACUCCCCCAACCAUCAGCACCAUGCGGCCUCUGUUAACUCGCUGAACAGGAGCAACUACACUUCACGGAGCAACCCGAGUCCUGCGCCCACAGACAGCUCCGCUCCCCCCGAGGGUCCGGCCAGCGCUCAAGACUCUGGCAGCGCUCAGGACAACUGGCUGCUCAACAGCAACAUCCCUCUGGAAACAAGGAGCCAGAAUUCUCUAAUGUUUAACAGAGAAGAGCGAGACGCUUGCAGAGAGGGGCAGGGCUCGUACAAAACAAGAAACAUAGCAAAGCAGGCAUUCCUAGAGACUUUGCAGGACAACCUCAUUGAGAUGGACAUUCUGGCAUCUGCACGCCACGAUGCCUCGUACAACGACGGGCAUUUCCUGUUCAAACCAGGUGGAACAUCGCCGAUGUAUUGCACAACUUCCCCGGGGUACCCUCUGACCUCCAGCACGGUGUACUCUCCUCCCCCUCGCCCUUUACCUAGGAACACCUUCUCUCGACCUGCCUUCAGCUUGAAGAAACCCUACAAGCACUGCAACUGGAAAUGUGCUGCUCUCAGUGCCAUCCUCAUCUCAGUAACACUGCUGCUCCUAUUAGCCUACUUCAUUGCCAUUCAUCUGUUGGGGUUAAACUGGCACCUGCAGCCAAUGCAAAGACAGAUGUACCAGCUGUCAGAAGACAAUACAAGUGGCCUAACAUUUCCUACAGACCAGAGUUUGCGCCCGCUAGGCAACACAGGGCUGGAAUUACCUGAUCGGAGGGGAAAAGAUGACAGCAAAUUGGACAGCUUGUUCCCAGAUGACAGCUAUAUAGAUAUGGGAGAGAUUGACGUGGGACGCAAGGUCGCUCAGCAGAUUCCUCCUGGUAUCUUCUGGAGGUCCCAGGUCUUCAUCGAUCAUCCCAUGUACCUGAAAUUCAAUGUGUCACUCAGCAAAGAUGCCUUAGUGGGAAUAUAUGGAAGAAGAGGCCUUCCUCCGUCACACACUCAGUUUGACUUUGUGGAGCUUUUGGAUGGGCGGCGACUCUUGGCCCAAGAUAUUCACAGUCUGGAGGGGCCUGUGGCUAUGCAACGGAGUCUCGUACCAAUCACCACACACGACACAGGCUUUAUCCAGUACAUGGACUCAGGCAUCUGGCACCUGGCCAUCUACAACGAUGGAAAAGAAACCGAGGCUGUUUCCUUUCUUACCACUGCCGUAGAUUCUAUUGAUGACUGUCCCAGUAACUGCUUUGGAAAUGGUGACUGUGUUGCCGGAACAUGUCACUGCUUUUUAGGAUUCAAAGGACCUGACUGUGGGCGAGCUGCCUGUCCGGUGCUGUGCAGUGGGAAUGGUCAAUACCUUAAAGGUCGUUGCAUGUGUCACAGCGGCUGGAAGGGUUCCGAGUGUGACGUUCCCACCAACCAGUGUAUUGACAUCACAUGCAGCGGCCGUGGGACGUGCAUUGUGGGAACCUGUAUCUGCAACCCAGGCUACAAAGGGGAAAACUGUGAAGAAGUGGACUGCCUAGAUCCAACAUGUUCGGGCCGAGGCGUUUGUGUCAAGGGAGAGUGCCACUGCUUUGUUGGGUGGGGUGGGCCAGGAUGUGAGAGUCCCAGGGCCUCCUGCAUGGAUCAGUGCUCUGGACAUGGAGCUUUCCUGGCAGACACUGGAACCUGCAGCUGUGAUCCCAACUGGACCGGCCACGACUGCUCUACAGAGAUUUGUGCAGCGGACUGUGGUGGCCAUGGCGUUUGUGUUUCAGGCACCUGUCGCUGUGACGACGGAUGGAUGGGCACCGGGUGUGACCAGAGGGCGUGUCACCCGCGCUGCAACGAGCAUGGCACUUGCAAGGAUGGCAAAUGCGAAUGCAGUCCAGGCUGGAACGGAGAACACUGCACUAUUGCUCACUAUCUGGAUAAGGUAGUGAAAGAGGGCUGCCCUGGUUUGUGCAAUGGCAAUGGUAGGUGCACUCUGGGUAACAAUGGCUGGUACUGUGUGUGCCAGCUGGGCUGGAGGGGCACUGGCUGUGACACCUCAAUGGAAACUGCCUGCAGUGACGUCAAGGACAACGACGGAGAUGGCCUGGUGGACUGCAUGGAUCCAGACUGCUGUCUUCAGGCAACCUGUCACACCACUUCUUUGUGUGUGGGCUCGCCGGAUCCCCUGGACAUCAUCCAGGAAACACAGAUGUCCUCUGCACAGAGCAACUUGCAGACUUUCUACGACCGAGUGCGCUUCCUUGUGGGCAAGGACAGCACGCACAGCAUCCCCGGAGCAAACCCCUUCGAUGGCAAUCAUGCUUGUGUGAUUCGUGGACAAGUGGUGACCUCAGACGGAACGCCUCUGGUUGGAGUUAAUAUCAGCUUCAUCAACAAUCCAUCCUUUGGUCACACAAUCAGCAGGCAGGAUGGAAGUUUCGACUUGGUGACCAACGGGGGCAUUGCCAUCGCGCUGCACUUUGAGCGUGCUCCAUUCAUCACGCAGGAGCACACUCUGUGGUUGCCAUGGGGACGUUUCUUUGUCAUGGACACCAUCGUCAUGCGGCACGAGGAGAAUGACAUCCCGAGCUGUGACCUUAGCAGCUUUAGCAGGCCCGUCCCUGUGGUGUCCCCAGCCCCGCUCACCGCCUUUGCCGGCUCCUGCUCUGAAAGGGGGACGAUCGUACCAGAAAUCCAGUCUCUGCAGGAGGAAGUGCCUGUACCGGGGACAGAUAUGAAACUCAGCUAUCUAAGCAGCAGGACUCCAGGUUAUAAGUCAAUACUGAGGGUGACCCUCACCCACUCCACAAUUCCUUUCAACUUGAUGAAGGUUCACCUCUUGGUGGCUGUAGAGGGCAGACUGUUCAGAAAGUGGUUUCCCGCAGCCCCCAACCUCUCCUAUGACUUUGUGUGGGAUAAGACUGAUGUCUACAGCCAGAAGGUGUCUGGACUUUCUGAAGCAUUUGUUUCUGUGGGUUUUGAGUAUGAAUCAUGUCCAGACCUUAUUCUGUGGGAGAAGAGGACGGCUGUUCUACAAGGCUACGAAAUCACCGCCUCCAAACUGGGAGGGUGGACGAUAGACAAGCACCACGCUUUAAAUAUCCAGAGUGGCAUUCUUCACAUGGGCAAUGGUGAGAAUGUCUUCAUCUCCCAGCAGCCCCCUGUUAUUGGCAGUGUGAUGGGGAACGGGCGCAGGCGCAGCAUUUCCUGCCCCAGCUGUAAUGGCCUUGCUGACGGCAACAAGCUCAUGGCCCCCGUGGCCCUAGCUUGUGGCUCUGAUGGAAGUCUUUACGUGGGCGACUUCAACUACGUGAGGAGGAUUUUUACCACGGGGAACGUCACCAGUGUCCUGGAGCUUAGAAAUAAAGACUUCAGGCAUAGCAACAGCCCGGCUCAUAAGUACUACCUGGCCACCAGUUCGGUGAACAGUGCCGUGUACCUGUCAGACACAAGCAGCAGGAAGGUGUUCAAGGUGAAAUCCCUGAACGUUGUCAAGGAUGUGGCAAAAAAUCUGGAGCUGGUGGCAGGAACUGGUGACCAGUGUCUCCCAUACGACGACGCUCGCUGUGGCGAUGGAGGAAAGGCAGUUGAAGCCACUCUUACUAAUCCCAGAGGCAUUACAGUGGAUAAGUAUGGUGUCCUGUUCUUCGUGGAUGGGACCAUGAUUCGCAGGAUUGAUCAGAAUGGUAUCAUCUCUACUCUUUUGGGCUUCAACGACUUAACCUCUGCUCGACCUCUUAGCUGUGAUGCUGUGAUGGACAUCUCCCAGGUUCGCCUUGAGUGGCCCACAGACCUGGCAGUAAGUCCAAUGGACAACUCGUUGUUCGUCCUGGACAACAAUGUUGUGCUCCAGAUCUCAGAGAACCAUCAAGUCCGCAUUGUGGCAGGCCGCCCCAUGCACUGCCAAGUGCCUGGUAUAGACCAUUUUCUCAUGAGUAAAGUGGCCAUCCAUGCAACCCUGGAGUCGGCGAACGCCCUGGCUGUUUCUCACAGUGGUGUUUUGUACAUUGCGGAGUCAGAUGAAAAGAAGAUCAACAGAGUGCGACAGGUGUCCACCAAUGGAGAGAUUUCCCUGGUUGCAGGGGCACCAAGUGGGUGUGACUGCAAGAAUGACGCCAACUGUGACUGUUACUCGGGUGAUGGAGGCUAUGCCAAGGAUGCCAAACUCAAUGCACCUUCAUCCCUAGCAGUAUGCCCAGAUGGAGACCUUUACAUUGCAGAUCUUGGGAACAUUCGUAUCCGAUACGUGCGGAAAAACAAACCUUUUCUAAAUCCCCUCAGCAUGUAUGAGGUAUCAUCUCCCAUUAAUGAUGAACUCUAUCUAUUUGACUCCAAUGGUAGCCAUAUUUUUACGCAGAGUCUGACUACAGGAGACCACCUCUAUAAUUUGACAUACUCUGGAGCAGGAGAUUUAAGCAGUAUCACCGAUAAGAACAAAAACACUGUGCUCAUUCGACGAGACACCACUGGAAUGCCUCUGUGGCUGAUGGUCCCUGAUGGACAGACCUUUUGGUUCACCAUUGGUACCAACAACGCCCUUAAAACUGUUGCUGCCCAGGGUCAAGAACUUGCGGUAAUGACCUACCAUGGAAGUUCAGGACUACUUGCUUCGAAGACAAAUGAAAAUGGAUGGACAACUUUCUUUGAGUACGACAGUUACGGGCGUCUGACCAACAUCACGUACCCCACCGGCAGAGUGAGCAGCUUCCGUACAGAUUUUGACAGUUCAGUUCGAAUCCAGACCGAAGGCUCCAACAAAGAGGACAUCACAGUCACAACCAACCUGUCUGCCUCUGGAAACUUCUAUACGCUUUUGCAAGAUCAGGUUCGAAACAGCUACUUCAUUGGUUUGGAUGGUUCCUUGCGGCUAGUUUUGGCCAAUGGCAUGGAGGUCUCCCUGUACACUGAGCCCCACCUGCUGGCCGGCACAGUUAACCCCACAGUCAGCAAGCGGAACAUAACCCUGGCUAUAGACAAUGGUCUAAACUUGGUGGAAUGGAGACAGAGGAAGGAGCAGUCUCGUGGCCAGGUCACUGUGUAUGGACGCAGACUACGGGUGCAUAAUAGGAACCUUCUAUCGCUGGACUUUGAUCGAAUCACCAGAACAGAAAAGGUCUAUGAUGAUCACAGGAAGUUUACAUUACGGAUUCACUACGAUCACGCUGGCCGGCCCACUCUAUGGGCACCCAGCAGUCGUUUAAAUGGAGUCAAUGUCACCUACUCCCCUGGAGGGCAUGUGGCAGGAAUCCAAAGAGGAACGAUGUCCGUACGCAUGGAGUACGACCAGAACGGCAGAAUCACUUCUCAAAUAUUUGCCGAUGGUAGAUCUUGGAGCUACACUUACCUCGAAAAGUCUAUGGUUUUGCUGCUGUACAGUCAGAGGCAGUAUAUCUUUGAAUUUGACAAAAAUGAUCGUCUCAGUUCUGUGACCAUGCCCAAUGUAGCACGGCAUACCUUACAGACUUCCCGCUCCAUUGGCUACUACAGAAACACCUAUCGGCCACCUGAAGGCAACGCUUCAGUGCUCCAAGACUACAGCGAGGAUGGUCAACUGCUGCAGACCACCCACCUGGGCACAGGCCGCAGGGUGAUCUACAAGUACGGAAAGCUCUCCAAGCUGCUGGAGAUUCUCUAUGACACCACACGCAUCGGGUUCUCCUAUGAUGAGGUGGCAGGAAUGUUGAAGACCGUCAACCUGCAGAGCGAAGGCUUUACCUGCACAAUCCGGUACCGUCAGAUUGGUCCCCUGAUUGACAGACAGAUCUUCAGAUUCAGUGAAGAGGGCAUGGUCAACGCCAGAUUCGACUAUGUCUAUGACAACAGUUUCCGGGUCACCAGCAUGCAGGCAGUCAUCAAUGAAACCCCUCUGCCGAUCGACUUGUAUCGCUACGAUGACGUGUCAGGCAAAACGGAGCAGUUUGGCAAGUUUGGAGUGAUUUAUUAUGACAUAAACCAAAUUAUAACUACAGCAGUGAUGACCCACACAAAACACUUUGAUGCCUAUGGUCGAGUGAAGGAGGUCCAGUAUGAGAUUUUUCGUUCUCUCAUGUACUGGAUGAUGGUGCAGUAUGACAAUAUGGGCCGUGUAGUGGCCAAGGAGUUAAAGGUUGGACCUUAUGCUAACACCACACGCUACACAUAUGAGUAUGAUGCUGAUGGUCAACUCCAAGUGGUCUCCAUCAAUGAUAAGCCUUUAUGGAGGUACAGCUAUGACCUGAAUGGCAACUUGCACCUCCUCAGUCCUGGAAACAGUUUACGGCUCACGCCACUACGCUACGAUCUCCGAGACCGUAUUACUCGUUUGGGAGACGUCCAAUACAGGAUGGACGAGGAUGGUUUCCUUAAGCAGAGAGGAAACGACUACUUUGAGUACAACUCAGCUGGCCUGUUAAUAAAGGUGUACAAUAAAGUUAGUGGAUGGAGCAUCAAAUACCGCUACGAUGGCCUGGGCAGGAGGGUGUCCAGCAGAAGUAGCAUUGGACACCACCUGCAGUUCUUCUAUGCUGACUUGUCCAGCCCCACUCGGGUCACCCACAUGUACAAUCAUUCCAGCUCGGAGAUUGCCUCGCUGUAUUAUGAUCUACAAGGUCACCUGUUCGCCAUGGAGUUAAGCAGCGGGGAUGAGUUUUAUGUGGCAUGCGAUAACAUUGGCACGCCUCUGGCUGUGUUCAGCGGUUCAGGCCUCAUGAUCAAACAGAUCCUCCACACGGCAUUUGGAGAGGUUUACCUUGACACCAACCCCAGCUUCCAGCUCAUUAUUGGCUACCAAGGAGGACUGUAUGAGCCUCUUAGUAAACUGGUCCACAUGGGCCGACGGGAUUAUGAUGUCCUUGCUGGCCGCUGGACAACACCAGACCAUGACAUUUGGAAACGUCUGAACAGCAACCACAUUGUUCCUUUCAACGUAUACAUGUUUAAAAAUAACAACCCUCUAAGCAACAACGAGGAGACCAAGUGCUACAUGACGGAUGUGAACAGCUGGUUGGUGACUUUUGGCUUCCAGCUGUACAAUGUGAUCCCUGGCUAUCGUAAACCCAAAACUGAGGCCAUGGAGCCAUCUUACGAGUUGGUCCGCACCCAGGUCAAGACCCAGGAGUGGGACAGCACCAAGUCUUUGCUGGGCGUUCAGUGUGAAGUUCAGAGGCAGCUGAAGGCCUUCGUAAAGCUGGAACGAUUUGGUCAAAUCUACAGAGCCAAAAGUGCCGGGUGUCCCCAGACUGAAGACAAGAAAAUCUUUGCCUCUGGUGGCUCCAUCUUUGAGAAAGGGGUGAAAUUUGCUAUUCGAGAUGGUCGAAUUAGCACCGACAUCAUCAGUUUGGCCAAUGAGGACGGGCGACGCAUGGCUGCAGUACUGAACGAUGCCUUCUACCUUGAAAACCUUCACUUCACUAAUGCAGGAAUGGAUACCCAUUACUUUGUGAAACUGGGCUCGGUGGAAGGAGAUCUGUCGCUCAUCGGCAUGACGGUGGGCCGGCGCACGUUAGAAAAUGGCGUCAAUGUCACAGUGUCUCAGGUCAACACCGUGCUGAACGGCAGGACUAGGCGGAUCACUGACAUCCAGCUGCAGUAUGGAGCGCUGCUUCUGAAUACGCGUUACGGCAGCAGCGUGGAUGAAGAAAAGGCCCGGGUCUUGGAGUUGGCCCGACAGAGAGCCGUCAGCCAGGCUUGGGCCCUGGAGCGCCAGAGACUGAGGGAUGGGGAGGAGGGCUCACGAACCUGGACUGAGGGAGAGAAGCAGCAGCUCUUGGGCUCAGGAAAAGUGCAAGGCUAUGAAGGAUACUACGUAGUGUCAAUUGACCAAUAUCCUGAGCUGGCAGACAGUGUCAACAACGUCCACUUCAUGAGACAGAGUGAAAUGGGCCGAAGGUGACAUGAACACAAGGCUUUUGAGUGACGGACUCACACGUAGAAAAAUGGGACAUUUUGCCAAAGACAAUUGUAUACAUGACCACAUAUUUUUUCUUUGACUGUGCUCAGCUUGGUUUUUAAUAUACUGUAAAAAAAAAAAAAAAAAAAGGAAACAAAAUGGUUGCAAACAGUUGCACUGUAUUAAUUGAAGAGUGCCCUUCUCCUUUUGAAGAUUCUUUACCAGUCUUUGCCCUCGAAGUGCGGCUGCUAGAGGAUGAAUAAUUGUGAUGUCUUUGACUUCUUUUUGUGACUCCAUUUCCCCAUCCCUGUUGGUGAUUCUGUUCAAAGGAAUCCAAGUGGAGUUUUGGUAAUGCAUUAGGUUCCCUGGCUCACUCUGCUGCCAGACUUACGGAUUGUUAUUCACGAGCUUGCUCCAUUCUGCCUUUUCUGCACCUCAGCCAAGGAGAUUCCAUCUCUUUUAAUCAUUUCGUUUUUAUACUUGAAACCCUCACAGCCCCCGUCAUUCAUAAAUAAUGAGAGAUUUCUGGUGGCGCUAAAGCCCUUCAUCAAAACCACAGUCAAACUUGUCAAAGCACCUUCAUUUGUGUUACGUCUCAUAAUUUUAUAGGAGGCUUUAUACUCAUUUGUGGUUUCACAUGGAAGGCUUCUGUGCACACUGACUGCAUGUUGGGAUUUUGAUUCACCUAUAAAAUUGGCAACAAAAAAAAAACCUUAAGCCUAAAUUGAAUAGUAAAGCCAACAAAUAGAUAUGUGCUGGAUUUUUAUUGGUUGUUUCUUUCAUUUUACACUUUAUUUUUU